AUGGAGCUUGGCCGCCUGCGCCGUGGUCAAGGUGUUCUGAUUCAUGCUGCUGCCGGUGCCACGGGUCAAGCAGCAAUACAGCUGGCCCACCACCUGUGUGCGAAGAUCUAUGCCACGACCGAAUCUUCCAGAGCCGGGGACGCUCACUUCAAGGGUGGCAUUUUGAAGGAGACCAAGGGCCGGGGAGUGGACUUGGUGAUUAACCACCCCACCUUGAUGGUGACAUACAACGCGCCUCAUGGGACUGUGUCGCUCCCGACAACUACGUAUCUCGACGUCGUGCGCUGGAUACAGGAGCGACCCCACAUGCUCCAACAUGCGGUGCAGAACGUGAUGCCGCUCAUUGAGGCGGGCCACCUCUCACUCGGCACGAUUUGCAAGACAAACCGGUCCUGGCGCGAUUGA